AUUGUCGAUUGACAACGGAACACCGUGAAACAACGUAAGGCAAGAAGCGUGUGCGGCAUGAGCACUAUGUCACCUGGAAAUCGUAUAUAUAUGGGGCAUGGAACGCAAUGCAAAACUCAUAUCUGCUUCAGCACAUCGUUUUCUCAUCUUCUUCCUCCUGCUAUCUAUCUACAUCGACUUCCGUCAUGUCAACUAAGCACGACAACGAAGCCGCAUGGCACGAAACAGAAAAAGCCUACCCUCUCGUCGUCGGUCCAGCCCCGAUGCCCAAACCAGGCGCCGAUGAAGUCGUGAUCAAGGUCGCCUACGCCGCUAUAAACCCUUCGGACCACAUGAUGCAAGACGCUCCAUAUCUUGAGAUUCCGUAUCCUUGGAUCUCGGGCCUAGAUGUUGCUGGGAUCAUCGUACAACUCGGUCCAGGUGUGACUGGUUUCAGUAUUGGACAGCGGGUUAUGGCUAACUGUCUCCCGCUUCUUACGCAGAAGCCCGAGUAUUCCGGCUUUCAGCGCUACGUGACGUGCAAAACCAUUCUGGUGGCCGCAAUUCCCGACCGUCUUCCCCUGGCAAACGCCGCAGUGCUGCCAAUCGCCGUCACCACGGCCGCCAACGCUCUGUUCCACAAGCUGCGGCUCCCACUGCCAUCGUCGAGGCCGGAGCCGAUCGACACAAAGGUCCUCAUCUGGGGCGGCAGCUCUUCGUGCGGUAGUUGUGCCAUUCAGCUGGCAGUGGCGGCCGGUUUGACGGUGGUGACGACAGCUGGAAGAGAGAACCUCGAGUAUGUGAGGGAGCUCGGGGCUGCCUAUACGUUCGAUCGAGCAGCUCCAGAUGUUCGGGAGCAGAUCGGAAAGGUACUUCGGAGGGGCGAUGUUGUGAUUGAUUGCAUUGCUACUUCGUCGACGCAAGCGAUUUGUGGCGAGAUCUUGAGCAGCAUUGGAGGCGGGAAGCUGGCACUUCUCCUGCCACCCCUUGUGCCAUUCCCCCAGGGAGUUGAGGCGAUGUUUGUGGUCGCCGCAUGGCUCGUCACCGAGGCGCCAGGAGUGUGCGAAGCAAUCUGGCAUCAAUACCUUCCCAAGGCUUUGGACGCAGGCAUAUUUCAAGCCAAACCGGACCCGCUCAUCAUUCAAGGUGGGCUGUCGAAAGUGCAGGAGGGCAUUGACAUGGUCAGAAAGGGAGUGUCGGCCAAGAAGGUGAUCAUCGAGAUAGCUGCAGAGUGAAAUGCUUCUCGUCGAGGAACGGUGAAGUAGAUGUAUGCCGGGAAAUAGAACUUGCUUACAGGGAACAAUGAGGAUAUAAAUCAAUCGAUCACUGAUUUGAUCAAGCAAAAGGGAAGCGGGAUUUUAGGCGUGUAAAGUCAGCGUUGAAGGGCGGCGUUCGGACAUUUGCUGACAAGUGAAUCCUGUGGUGAUCGAGCGGCGGAGGAUAGGCAUGACGGUGCUUUAUUUGUGAAGAACAGGCUGUCCGUGUUGGAGAUGGGAUGGAAGAGAAAGGUUAUUGCUCCCAUUCCGCGGCUGUCAAAGAGAGUUGCCGGAUCCCGCGAAGCGAUUUCGCAGAGCCACACAUAGUCUUGUUGAUCAGUGUGGGAACGGAAGAUAACUGGUUUCGAGCGUGUCGAGGAGACGUAUCGUGUAUGUUGUAAGAUCUGCCCAGAGUCCGAUGCUAUAGGCCUUACGUGCGUAGUCAGCCCCUGGAAUAG